GUUCAGGACCCCCACGCUACUAGGAACACCUGGCUGCGCUGCUGCCACUUCUUUUUAAGGAGAAGAGAACCAGCCAGAGCCAUGGGGGGCUGCGAAGUCCGGGAAUUUCUUUUGCAAUUUGGUUUCUUCUUGUCCCUGCUAACGGCUUGGACCUGCGACUGCAGUCACGUCUCCAACCAAGUUGUGUUGCUUGAUACAACCACAGUGAUGGGAGAACUAGGAUGGAAAACAUAUCCAUUAAAUGGGACCUAUUUCCAACACUGCUAAAAGGGGGGAAAAUUCCAGAAGGCACUGAAGAGACCGCCUCUCCAGACCCCGCUGUUACCUCUGCUCUGGAUUCACAGGCUGCAGCUCCCUAGGAGCCAGUGGGAUGCCAUUACUGAAAUGGAUGAACACAACAGGCCCAUACAUACAUACCAGGUAUGCAAUGUCAUGGAACCAAACCAGAACAACUGGCUUCGUACUAACUGGAUCUCUCGUGAUGCUGCACAGAAAAUUUACGUGGAAAUGAAGUUCACACUGAGGGAUUGUAACAGCAUUCCGUGGGUCUUAGGAACUUGUAAAGAAACCUUUAAUCUGUAUUAUAUAGAAUCCGAUGAAUCCCAUGGGACUAAAUUCAAGCCAAGCCAAUAUAUAAAGAUCGACACAAUUGCUGCGGAUGAGAGUUUUACUCAGAUGGAUUUGGGGGACCGCAUCCUUAAACUCAACACUGAAAUCCGUGAGGUGGGGCCUAUAGAAAGGAAAGGAUUUUAUUUGGCUUUUCAAGAUAUUGGAGCAUGCAUCGCACUGGUCUCCGUCCGAGUUUUCUACAAAAAAUGUCCCUUCACCGUGCGGAACUUGGCUAUGUUUCCUGAUACCAUCCCAAGGGUUGAUUCUUCCUCUUUGGUUGAAGUGCGGGGCUCAUGUGUUAAGAGUGCUGAGGAGCGAGAUACUCCUAAACUCUACUGUGGAGCUGAUGGGGAUUGGCUUGUUCCUCUUGGAAGGUGUAUCUGCAGUACAGGGUAUGAAGAAAUCGAGGGUUCUUGCCAAGCUUGCAGACCAGGAUUCUACAAAGCAUUUGCUGGGAACACAAAAUGUUCCAAAUGCCCUCCACAUAGCUCAACCUACAUGGAAGCAACGUCAGUCUGUCAUUGUGAAAAGGGUUAUUUCCGGGCAGAAAAAGACCCACCUUCUAUGGCGUGUACUAGACCACCUUCAGCUCCUAGAAAUGUGGCUUUUAAUAUCAAUGAAACAGCCCUUAUUUUGGAAUGGAGCCCACCCAGUGACACAGGAGGGAGAAAAGAUCUCACAUACAGUGUCAUCUGUAAGAAAUGUGGCUUAGACACUAGCCAGUGUGAGGACUGUGGUGGAGGACUCCGCUUCAUCCCAAGACACACUGGACUAAUCAACAAUUCUGUGGUAGUACUUGACUUUGUGUCUCACGUCAAUUAUACCUUUGAAAUAGAGGCCAUGAAUGGAGUUUCUGAGUUAAGCAUCUCUCCCAAGCCAUUCACAGCUAUUACAGUGACCACAGAUCAAGAUGCACCUUCUCUGAUUGGUAUGAUGAGGAAGGACUGGGCAUCCCAGAACAGCCUUGCUCUAUCAUGGCAAGCACCUACAUUUUCCAAUGGAGCCAUUCUGGACUAUGAGAUCAAGUACUACGAGAAAGAGCAUGAACAGCUUACCUAUUCCUCCACAAGGUCCAAGGCCCCAAGUGUCAUCGUCACGGGCCUCAAGCCGGCCACCACGUACAUAUUUCACAUCCGAGUGAGGACGGCGACAGGCUACAGUGGCUACAGUCAGAAGUUUGAAUUUGAAACAGGAGAUGAAACUUCUGACAUGGCGGCAGAACAAGGGCAGAUCCUGGUCAUAGCCACUGCAGCCGUCGGGGGAUUCACUCUCUUAGUCAUCCUCACCUUGUUCUUCCUCAUCACUGGGAGGUGUCAAUGGUACAUAAAGGCCAAAAUGAAGUCAGAAGAGAAGAGAAGAACGCACUUACAGAACGGCCACCUGCGCUUCCCAGGAAUUAAAACAUACAUUGAUCCAGACACCUAUGAAGACCCAUCCCUAGCAGUCCACGAAUUUGCAAAAGAGAUUGAUCCUUCAAGAAUUCGCAUUGAGAGAGUGAUUGGAGCAGGUGAAUUUGGAGAAGUCUGCAGUGGGCGUUUGAAGACACCAGGGAAAAGGGAGAUCCCAGUCGCCAUUAAAACACUGAAAGGUGGCCAUAUGGACCGACAAAGAAGAGAUUUUCUAAGAGAAGCUAGCAUCAUGGGUCAGUUUGACCACCCAAACAUCAUUCGCCUAGAAGGUGUUGUCACUAAAAGAUCCUUCCCGGCGAUUGGGGUGGAAGCCUUCUGCCCCAGCUUCCUAAGGGCUGGGUUUUUAAAUGGCAUCCAGGCGCCACAUCCAGUGACUGCAGGAGGCUCUCUGCCCCCCAGGAUUCCUGCAGGCCGGCCAGUAAUGAUCGUGGUAGAGUAUAUGGAGAACGGAUCUCUGGACUCCUUUUUGCGGAAGCAUGAUGGCCACUUCACCGUCAUCCAGUUGGUCGGCAUGCUGAGGGGCAUCGCGUCAGGCAUGAAGUAUCUUUCUGACAUGGGAUAUGUUCAUCGAGAUCUAGCCGCGAGGAACAUACUGGUGAACAGCAACUUAGUAUGCAAAGUCUCUGAUUUUGGUCUCUCCCGAGUGCUGGAAGACGAUCCAGAAGCAGCUUAUACAACAACGGGAGGGAAAAUCCCUAUACGGUGGACAGCCCCAGAAGCUAUUGCCUACAGAAAAUUCUCCUCAGCUAGUGACGCGUGGAGCUACGGGAUUGUCAUGUGGGAGGUGAUGUCCUAUGGAGAGAGACCGUACUGGGAAAUGUCCAACCAGGAUGUUAUCUUGUCCAUUGAAGAAGGUUACAGACUUCCUGCUCCGAUGGGCUGCCCACCGUCUCUGCACCAGCUGAUGCUCCACUGCUGGCAGAAGGAGAGAAACCACAGGCCAAAAUUCACUGACAUCGUCAGCUUCCUGGACAAACUGAUCCGCAACCCCAGUGCCCUUCACACGCUGGUGGAGGACAUCCUUGUAAUGCCAGAAUCCCCUGGUGAUGUUCCUGAAUAUCCAUUGUUUGUCACAGUAGGUGACUGGCUGGAUUCUAUAAAGAUGGGGCAAUACAAGAGUAACUUCAUGGCAGCGGGUUUUACAACAUUUGAUCUGAUUUCACGAAUGAGCAUCGAUGAUAUUAGGCGAAUUGGAGUCAUUCUCAUUGGACACCAGAGACGAAUAGUCAGCAGCAUACAAACUUUACGUUUACACAUGAUGCACAUACAGGAGAAAGGAUUUCAUGUAUGAAAGUACUAUAAACACCUGUAUCUUGUGCCUCAGCAUUUCUACAAAGAUAGUCCCUCUACGACUCUUCUUCUGAUUCUCCAGCCUUCCCUUCACCACCCACAGUCUCCUGUUCCGACUAUGGCUGCACACCUUACGUUUAUGCUUCCACCCUGGAUUUCAACACCAUGCUACACAGGUCCUCUCUGAAUAGCCUGCAAACGAAACUCUGGUCCACUGCAGAUUAUCUCUGCAGAAUGAUAAAUAACUCAGCAUGAAUGUGUAACUUUGUAUAGAAAUGUUUGGGAAGUGUUCAUGGACUUCACCUAAAGGAACUUGUCCUUAAGUGUGGCAUCUUCAGAGAUGUAUGUGAAGUUUGAUGAUAGAUAAGAAGAAAAUAGCUGAUCAUUCUUCCAUGUUUUGUGAUCAAGUAGCUUCCAAGUUCACAUGCUUCUUUUUCAAUAGUUCUACUCAACGCUGCAGGUUUUGCUGUUGGUUUAUUUUUAAUGACUUAACUGUUGGUGCCUGAUGUUGAUACAAUGAUUUGCAGAAAUAAUUAAUGACUCCAUGUAGUGCAAUUGUGUCCAGUGUGACUACAGUUAUGAAGGGCAUUGUUGGGGAGGGAGACACGGACAGAAAUACUGUGCUUUUAAUCUUCUAAGGCUGGGUUUGUCUAUAUUUUUAAUUAACUUUAUAGGGUUCUACACAUUUCAUAGUAGGUGACUGUUGAGAGGCUUUUCCCUCUAAUUUUUUUACUAACUGUACUGUAUUUCUCUAGUAUGUCCCGAGAAUCCCCCUUGGAAAGACUGAGAACGAGCCCAUUGCUCUAACAGUUUUCAUAGACUACUGCAUGGAGUGAACACAUGCUGCUCCCUUGGAUUCAUCUUCACAAGUUUGAAAAAAAAAACAAAACAGUUAUCAAAGCUUUGACAAAGUUAACUGUUCACAAGACUUCUCUGAAUAAAAGGUCUAACACAGUAUCCACUGAUUUAAUGGGAAAUGGUUUACUUAAUUUAAGACAUCUUACAGUUGUCCAAGGUAAAACACUUAUUUUGUUCAGUGAUAAUUGGUGUAUUUUCCAAAUUUAAAAAUUUCAAGAUUUUGUUCACAAAAUUAAGUUAUAUGGACAUGAUGAACUGUUUUCCAAAUCUAAGAAAAGAUUGAUAUCAUAAACAUGAUAUAAAUAGCUCUCACAUUUAAGCAUAUAUAUAUAUAGAUGCUUGCACCAUCAAUAUAUAUGUGCAUAUGUGUGUGUAUGUGUGUGUGUGUGUGUGUGUGUGUGUGUGUGUGUGUGUGUGUGUGUAUAAACCUUGGUCUAUCAUAAUAUAUAAGAACACAUUUGAGAUGUGUUAUCAUAAUCACCUCUGAAGCUUGCAGCAGAAAAGCAAAUGUAUUUUUCCAGUGAAUCUGUCAGCUUCUCAAAAUAGUGUUCCUUUUGAAACAAACUCAGUGAUAAAACCAUCUGCUCCCCGUGAGACUACAAAAACUACCAUUGUGCUGAGUGAAGAAUAAGCCAUGUAUUGAGGGAAGAAAGAUGCAGAGCAGGUUGUCUAAAGACACAGACUUGGUGAACUCAUUUUUGUGUGAUGUCAGAGACUGUGGUAACCCUCUCUCCACAUCCCCCAAUUUCUACCUAAACCAUCCUGGGAGAGAGUAAAGCCAUUUCUGCUUAAGGAACCUCACGUCUCCUUUUGUCCUUGAUGGUAGGAUUUUCUUAUUGGUCCUUCAUACUGGAUCCUUCCACUCCUUUUCUUAGGCUGAUCCAUCUCUUUUCCCCCCUCUUAUUUCUGCUUAACUUUUUUCAUUCCAACAAAAGUAUGUAUAGAGAAGAAGGAUGACUUUAGAGUAUUCUUUAGCUAUACCGAGAAGGGAAAAGUGGAUAUUCCAUCGCUUUUAAAUAAGUGCGUCAGAAAUAGCUAACAACAUAUUCCAGCCACCUAUGUGCAUGGCCAUAUGUCACUCAUAGACUCUCUGCAGUUUGCUUGAUACAUUUACACAAAU